UGUACAAUAUAAUGAAACAGCGGGUUACAUAACUAACUUUACUCUUCUCAACAGACGUCAUAUGGCAAAUAUGACAUGCAAAGUUAUGAACGAUGCAUUAACAUCUCCUUUCAUUAUCACUGCACGUGUGUAUGUUAUCAUUAUUGGUACCACAUACACUCAAAGAAGAAAAUAUCGAUAGUAUUACAUGCAUAUUGGAUGGUGGAAGACCUGCUCCGAAUGUAACUUUAAACAUUUCCGGUAUUGGUGUGUCGUCUGCAAUUAAAACAGAAAGUUACAAUGCUACCACCUCUUUAUACACGAGUGUUGUUUCCCUGACAACAUUCGAACGAAUUUGGAACAGUAAAAACGUCACAUGUUGUCGUUUCAAUGAAUGGUACAAGACCAAAAGGGUUUGUUCCCCCACGCAACUGAUUAAUUUAAUGUAUGCACCUAUCAUCGAGUUCAACAUAUCUGAUUCUGAACUUGCAAUUUACCAAGGAGAACAGACACACGUAAAAUGCUCCGCAGAAAGCAUUCCUGCCUCCAACAUUUCAUGGAUAGAGCAAACAGAUGUUGGAAACAUAACUAUGAAAACGUGUCAGUUGCAAGCAGACUGCGUCAUUACUAUUGAAGCAAAUCUUACGCAACAACGACAAUUUAUUUGCCAAACUCAUUAUUUAGAAACAAGCAACCAAAAGACCCUGACUGUAAACAUUUUUGGGAAAGAUGAGAAACAUGACAAAGACUUGAACAACUCUGCCUCUGGUGAUAACUCGUUUAUUUGGAUUAUUCUUGGCUCUUGUUUAGCUGUCCUCUUUGUUGUAGUCAUCGUAUGCCUUAUUGCAAGAAAAAAAUUGAGGAACACUAAAGCCAAACUGGAAGCAAAUCAAGCGAGAUUCAGUGCAAACCCCGAUGGAGUUAGCAGAAAUAAAGAAGACAAGCUGGAAGAUGGAAAUUUGAAUGACGGUGCGCACGGGUUUGACGAUUCGGAAGUAACAUAUUCUCAACCAGUCAAAAACAAGCCAUCGUCUAAUGCCGAUGCAACGUAUUCAGAAGUAAAUAAGACUGGACAGUCAAAUUCUUCAGCCAGUUGCUCUAAAAAGACCCAGCAAGAUGGACAGCUGUUGUAUGCCGACCUUGACUUUGAUUCUAAUGGUGCACCUUUAAAGGGAGCUGCUGCCAAGCGUCGAAACUCUCCUACGGAGUACGUUGCCAUCGACUUCGUCAAGACAGCAGCUGAACAAGCAAAGGAAAACGAACCAACGGAAGCGGACAAUAUUUAUGCUAAUCAGUAAAACGAACGUCAAUCAUUUAAAAUUAAAUCAAAGACAACCGAUGAAACUUUUUGCACGCGUUGAUAUAUGUGUAAAUGAUUGCUAAAACUUGUAUGCGCAAAAAGGAGUUGAUGUCUACAACUCAUAUACGUGAAAGAAAUCGUGGUUAAUUUUUUACUGUUCGAGUAUUUGACUGAUAGUUUGCUUAUACUUACACAGUUUGCACAAGUUGUACGAAUGUUUCGAAAUGUUUGAAUAUUAUUUCGUCGAUUUCGAAGACUUCUAAGGUCAUUAUUACACGUUAACUUGUCUGCUUCGAUCCUUGCCACGAUUCCAGUUCUAAGCCUAGCAUUAUGCUAUCUGUAGAAAUUUGUUAGAUAAGAACUAAAAUGAAAUCUAGAAACACUGGGUAAGUAUAGUGUGAACGUCAAACGAACAGACAGGUGCGAGUUCUAAUUUGUGUGGCAUAUCUUGCAGAUGGACACCACCUACUCUGAACAGCACAGAAUAGUAUCUGCUUAUUUAUGUUGUUUUUAAAAGGCAGUGUAUUGCCUAAUCACUCGUAAAGAUCUAUUGAACGUAUGAACUAUAUAUAUUUCCUAUGAAUUACUCUAUACGAAUCCCGUUCUGUAAAUGCAAUGCUUUUUUCUUCAGAUUUGUUCAUAUUUGAAUUUUCUUGAAAGCUGUAUUUAAAUGUCUCCAUGACGAUCUGUCAGUGGUAACUGUGCAUAAUUUUCAGUCUAAAAUAAGCUGUAACCUUUAA